AUGGCUGUACAUCACCUCGCUACGCUCUUGACUCUACUCCUUGCAGUGGUACUAUUCUUAGUUGUAAUAGUCUUCAAUAUAUUUAGCGGCGUGCCUGAGCAAUCUGGCGGACUAUUUCUCAACACCGUGAAUAACAUAUCUGAUAAAUAUUUCCUGGAAAUCACUCCAGCUGGCUGGACGUUCUCAAUCUGGGGUGUGAUUUACACAUGGAACAUAUUGUGGCUGAUCUACGCCCUCACAACAAUCUUUCGCAAGAAUGGAACAGACUACGUAUACGUGCGCCCUCAAGUGUUGAGUCCAAUGUUUUACGCUACGUUUUCUUUGAACCUGGGGCUGAAUAUCGGGUGGUUGAUUUUGUUUGACAGGGAAUAUCUACUAGUGUCUUUGUUUUGUUUGGCUUUAAUUGCCUUUACCUUGUAUAUUUGUAUUUUUAUUAGUCAUUUCAAUUUGUACCGAAAUCUCCACGAAUUAUCUAAUUUCGACGUCUGGGCAAUUCGGAUACUUGUCCAUAACGGUUUGGCCAUAUACGCUGCUUGGAGCUCCCUGGCAACCAUUCUAAACCUGAGCAUAGUUCUAAGAUACGUUGCAGAUGUGGACCAAUCCACAGUGACCAUUGUUGCCUUGGCGAUAGUAUCAGUUGAAGUCACUGCGUGGUUCGUGAUAGAGCAAUGCACGGUGUUAGAGAAAUACUUACGCUACACAAUCACUCCAUAUUUUGUCGUUAUUGUCUUUCUAAUUGGUUGUAUCUCCAAAAAUUGGCAUCUUACUAGAAUUACUUCCGCGCUUGCUUCCACCUUAGGCGUGGCCAGCGUCUUGUUGAUAGCGCGGGUAGCAUUACUUCUGUAUCGACAUUUUACUCAAUCUGUUGUUAGUACGACGAACAUAGAGAAGAUUGGAGAAGCCGAGUUUAGAGAAGAGGACGACACCGACGAAAAUUUGGAAGUUACAACCUUUUAA